ACGGCAGCAGCAGGGCGGGGGACAUCGACUGAAUUGCUACUCUCUGCCGCCCGCUGUCUACAGAGCCCAAGCAGGUGCCCAGGGCCAGUCGCGCCGCGCUUUCCAACAAGAGGCCAAAUGGGCUCGACACUCCCCGCCGAAGCACCCGGCGUCCUGAUGGAAGUGCGCGGCUGGAAUGAGCGCAACGUUGCCGACUGGCUCGGUAAAAUCAACAGCAGCAGCUACGCAGAUGCCUUUAUCGACAACAAUAUCACUGGCACGACGUUACUCGAUUGCGAUCAACAAGCGCUCAAGGAGAUUGGUAUUACAAAAGUGGGAGACCGAGUGCGCAUCAUGGUGGCCAUCAAGGCUCUUAGGAAUGAGUGCUUCCCUGUUGCUCGCAAGACGAUCCCUAUUGCGCAGAUGCUGGCUAUGGACAGGCCUUUAUCGAUAGAUGGUGCGGCUGGCAAGACGGUAUCGCCCUCGACACCCGAUACGGCCUCGACGCUCCGUACACCCACUUAUACAGUACCGCCCAAGUCGGCUUCGGGGAGCAUGGCAUCGCCGAGCAAGCCAGACUCACCGAUGCGCAGUGCGAAUGGUCUGAGUUCGCUCUUAAGUAACUGCGUCAAAUUCAUUGGCGAGGAGGGACAAACGCGCAUCGUCAACAUUGCAGACUGUCAUGACACGAGCAAGGUGCUUGAAAAAGCCCUCAAAAAGUUCAACUUUGACUUCAGCUCCUUGGAUCCGAGUUUGGAUAGCUACAGUGUCUAUGUAACAGCCGAGGUGGGUCCAGCCUGGCAGCUAACAGAGGAAGAACUCUUUCAAAUUUGUCAAGAUCCAGCGAGACCAGAGCGCGAGCGGUUGAUCCUCAAGAAGCGCGAUACGCCACCUUCGAUGCUUGAGCUGAGACAAGCGCAAAAGAUUGCUCGUGAGCAGCAGGCACUAUUGAAGGAUACAGCCGUGGCCAACAACCUGGCCAAGAUGAAGAAAUUGGGCGGCUUCUUUGGCGAAACGCCGGCGUCGCCCAUCACACCAGGUGCACUACAAUCUACAGCUCGUGGUCCGAAAGCGCGCAUCAAGGAAUUCUUUGGUGGCAGACCGCCCUCGGAACUCAUCUCGAGCAAUUUGCAAGACUACUUCCCAGAAGCAACCACAGCAGUAUUAGAAAAGACGGUGCGCAACUCAAUUCGACGCAGUCAAGCGAUGAAUGUCGCUUCAUCACGGCAUCCGAGUGUUUAUUCACGGCGGUACUCGAAUGCAUCGAUGCUCUCUGUUGCUAGCUAUCGGAGUCCUGUGCCACCUGUACCAAGUGUUGGCGAUGCGUGGAUCUCAGCGACUGCACUACCAAAGAAGCGACCUGGUUCUGUGCACCGCGGUCUGAGCGGCCUCUCCUCCAUGGAUGAUACAUUGGCAAGACCCAAGAGUAUCCGCUCUAUGCGGGAUCCUGAAGCAGCUAGUGUCCUCUCGCGUCGCUCAAUCUCUGGCAGAUCCCUUCAUUCUGAUACGACAUUUAGGGAAGAUGCUGGUGCGUCGCCUGAUGAGAGUGAAGAGGAUGAAGAUUAUGAAUUGCCUGAAUACCUCAAAGAAACGCUGGCCGUGACGGAAGAGGAAGAUGACAAGGAGAUUGGUGAUCGAAUUCGUGCGCGAUCCAUGGCGUUUGCUGGAGGUGAUGCGGAUAAUAUCUUUGCAAGUCUCAGUGCAGACGAUUCAGGGCCCUCGUCGUGGAUUCGGGGUACAUUGAUUGGACAAGGUUCAUUUGGGUCUGUUGUGCUUGGUAUGAAUGCCCUGACGGGUGAAUUGAUGGCUGUGAAGCAAGUGGAUCUACCUAGAGCUGCGCAAAGCGACACUGCAGCGCGAAAGACGAGCAUGUUGGAUGCACUCCAGCGAGAAAUUGCCCUGUUGCGCGACUUGCAGCAUGACAAUAUCGUGCAGUACCUUGGCUCCAACAGUGAUGAAACGCAUCUCAACAUUUUCUUGGAGUACGUUCCUGGUGGAAGUGUCACUGAAAUGUUGACAAAGUACGGUGCAUUUAAAGAGCCUCUUGUUCGACAAUUUGUGCGACAAAUCCUGACGGGUCUCAAUUACCUCCACGAGCGCGACAUUAUCCACCGCGACAUCAAGGGUGGUAAUAUUCUAGUGGACAAUAAAGGCGUCAUCAAGAUUUCCGACUUUGGCAUCUCCAAAAAAGUUGAGGCUGAUUUGUUGAGUGAUGGCACAAAGGCAUCUAAUGCGCAUCGUCCAUCUCUACAGGGCUCCGUGUUUUGGAUGGCGCCGGAAGUGGUGAAGCAAGUGCAAUACACCAAAAAAGCCGACAUUUGGUCGCUGGGUUGUUUGAUUGUGGAGAUGCUGACUGGUAAGCAUCCAUUCCCCGAAUUCAACCAGAUGCAGGCCAUCUUCAAGAUUGGCGGGGCUGAAGCUGCGCCUGAGAUGCCACAAGGUAUCAGCGAGACGGGCAAGGACUUCCUGAGCAAGACGUUUGAGCUGGACUUUAACAAUCGGCCAAGCGCGACUGAGUUACUGGCUCAUACGUUUUGCCACGCGUCUGUUGCUUGAAGGGAGAGACGGGAGCAUACAGCGUGUAAUUCAAGCAAAUACUUUUGUUUCUUUGAUAGGAUUGCCUUUGACCUUCUCCCAGUCUAUGCUUUGUUCGAGGGCUGGAUCAACUUCGCCGAUAAUAGCAACAUUUUCGCCUCUUAGUAGAUACAGGCCGAGUGGUUCAACUUGGACAGUCUCUUCAGGAGAGAAGAUGCGCUCUUCUGUAUCAGAGAUGAUGAGAUUGGUGGUCUGGUCAAAGCCGCAUAGCAAACCUGUGAGUGUCCGUCCAUCC